AUGGAGCCAAUUGAUGAAUACAGUUAUUACACUGAUUACACUGUUGACUACGAUGAGAACAACGACUCCAUCAACCUGGACCUGGACCUGAACAACUAUUGUGAGCCCGGUGAACACACAAUCAUAAUCAAAGUCUUCCAGAGCUGCUUCUUCUGCCUCAUCUUCAUCACGGGCGUCAUCGGAAACUGUCUGGUCAUCUCCACGUUUUCUCUGUACCGCCGCUUUCGCCUCCGAUCUUUGACAGACGUCUUUUUGUUCCACUUGGCCAUGGCCGACCUCCUCUUGCUCCUCACUCUCCCGCUGCAAGCCACUGACACUCAUCUGGGUUGGGUCUUUCCGGAUUUCCUUUGCCGAGCCACCAGAGCCUGCUACGCCAUCAACACAUACAGCGGGCUAAUGCUGCUAGCUUGCAUUAGCGUCGACCGUUACAUGGUGGUCGCCAAAGCUCAGGAGAUGCUACGGUUGCGUCGUCAAAUAUUGAAAGGCGGCAAGAUCGCAGCAGAUUGCGUUUGGCUUGUCGCUCUGCUUCUAAGCAUUCCCGAAAUUAAGUAUUCGGGAGUUGAUGACAAACAUUACUGCGGCAUGCAAACAAGCGGGAUUGCGAAAAAGGCCACAAACGGAGCCAUCAUCGUGAUUUUCGGUUUUUCAUUUUUAGUAAUGGUCACGUGCUACUCCUCCAUAGGUAAAGUUUUAUGGAAUGGCCGCACUUUUAAGCGAGGCAAGCAAUUACAUCGUCAACGCACUCUGAAGUUGAUGGUCAUUCUCGUGGUGGUUUUCGUCGUUUUCCAGCUGCCAUACACGGUCGUACUCCUGCACAAAAUGGCCGGCCCCUUCUGUGGACUCCUGCUCGAAUACAUCACCUGUACGUUGGCCUACAUGCGCUGCUGUCUGAACCCGAUCCUCUACGCUCUGGUCGGGGUUCGCUUCAGAAAUGACGUUCUUAAACUGGUGCGGGACAGCGGCUGCCCCUGUGGACCUAAAGCCAUCUCUCACACGGUCAGCCCUAUCUCCAUGUCUCCUCCUCUGGGCGUCGGCUCGCCCUGUUCGCCCUGUUCGCCCUGUUCGCCCACUACUUCUCCCGACAGGAGCACAAACAGCACCUGCAACGACUCCACCAAAUUCAAGUUCCCAAGUAGCAAUGUUUUAUAA